AUGGGACAUGGUCAGCACGGGGCCCAAAAAGUGGUACUCGUUGCUUCACUGGUACUUCUGCUAAUUGCUCUGGGUCUGUCCAUAGCUGCUGUGCUAUCACCAUCGUGGCAAGUAGUCGACAUACGUGAAUUUCGAGCGCAACAUCACCAUGGACUUUGGCAAGAUUGUACACGUCCAUAUCGUCAUGCGCAUACGCAAACCAUCGAGGAAUACAAUGAAAUGCUGCACACGGCACUUUCGUGCACCUACAAAUUCGACGCCGAUGCACGCUGGCAAAAAGCUGUGCUGAUAUGUUUUGGUGUUUUAUUUGCAAGCUGUGGAUUGGCUUUGCUCUGUGGAAGCUGUGCUCCGUGCAGUAACUCAAUCGCCGUUCUCUUCACUGUGCUUAUCUUCGUCGCAUUAUUUUUCUCAAUCGUAGCAAAUGGAAUAUUCUUUUUUGCGGCGCACCGUGUCGACAGCAGAUUUGUACAAGGACUUGUUGGCACAUAUGAGCAAGAAAUCGGUUCCGCAUUCUUUCUAUCACUGGGCGCAUCAGCAGUCCUGCUGUUCUCGUUUGUUCUGGCGCUGGCAUCAACGUAUCAUCUGUUGCAUUAUGCCAGGAAGCCACCACCCAAUCAGUUCAAUUCUCCGAUGGUACGCGAACUGGCCCCUCUUUAUAGUGCAACUACUCGACAUACUGCCAUUUGA